CUAAUAGAGCGAAACUAAGGUGCUCGUAGGGGCGCUGGUGUCCCAAGCUACCGCGUGGUGCUUCAAAUGUCAAUACUGACUUGCGUAUUAUAAGUCGCAAUGACAGACGUGCAUCUGGCUACAUCAUAUGCUGGUGAUGCGGCUCAGGUGGAGGAUACCUUGGGGUUGCCAAGUUAUGCCCAAUUCAAGAGAUAUGCCACAUUCAGGACGGAUCUUACCGACUUUGGGGUGGACAUGAAGCAGCUGACCAGGCUACUGGCUGAAUGCGAGUACGGACUGGCAGUUGGUGGCAUGGGUCUGGGGGACCUGAACGUCCUCUUCGCCGCCAUUGCGAAGCGCAGCGGGGCGCUCACAUACGACGGAGUGCUGAGGCUGUGCAGGCUGCUCCGUCCCCGGUUAGCGAAAUUAGAAGCCAUGAUGGAAGCCACUGACCCAGAUCAGCGGGACCCCACCCGAUAUCGACCACGUACGGCACCGGGGGGUAGACCUGGAUCUGGUUCUGGAGCAGAUCUGUGGGGAACUCUGAGCGGGAGGCUGCGCGGCGGCGGCGGCGGCGGCUGGCUGCAUAGAGGCGGAGGAGGGGGGUUUGUGGGGCCGGAUCCCGGUAGCUCCAACCCGCAGAUAGACUUUGCAGCCGGCAUGGCAGCGGGGGAGGGCGGUGGCAGUGGUGCUGCUGCUGCGGGGCCGAGCACGGGACAGGGAGGGGGCGCGGCGGCAGCGGGGUCACAGCAGCAACCCAGCGCGGCACCUCCUGGCGGCCGGUCCGUUGCGUUCCGACAGGUUCCGGAGCAAGGAACCUCACAGCCAGCAGCAGCAGCAGCAGCACCCGCCAGCAGCAACCCCGCAGGAGCCAACCGUAUUUCCAUGAUUGGAAACACGGACAUUGCUGGGUUGGGCGGCGCGGGCGGGUCGGGUCCCUCGACCUCGGGCCGCGCCUCUGCGGUGCCCAACGGCUUGUCCAGCUUGAUGGCCCUGAGGGACCCCCCCGUGCUGUUGAGGGAGCAGCUGCCGCCGCCCCCCUGCAGCUUCCCUUCCAUUGCGGCACGUAUCUCCGGCAUCAUGGUGCUGUACCGUGACGGCGAGAUGACGCGGGUGGGUCUGGCGUUGCGGGACCUGCAGCGCGACUGGGAGGACGCGGCGUCGGCUGCCGCCGUCACGGCCGCCAUCCGUCGCCAGGCGUCAGCGGCGCUGGCCAGCAGUGGAGCGGCCGAGCCCUCUAAUUCUGACCUGCGUGGUGAGAUCCCUCUGGAAGGACGUAUCUGGCUGCUGCUGCUGCACGGCUGCAGCCUCAUGAUGGACGGCAAGUACCGGGCGGCGAGGAAGAGCCUGCAGGCGGCUGAAACCCUGUUCAACCCCAAGGUCCUGGGCAUUGAGCACCCCUACCACCACUGCACGCACAUGUUCUUUGGACUGCUGAGCUACUACGAACAACAGUAUGAAGAGGCCAUUGACAAGUUCGAGUGUGCAAAGGAGUUGGCGAAUCUUGUGUCCCGUGGAUCACUCAAUGUCACGGCGCGUCGCAACGAGGCGGCCUGCCUCAACAACAAGGGCGUCUGCCACUCGCUGUUGGGCAACCGCUCCGAGGCCGUCAUCGCCUUCCGCGCCGCCCACCAGCUGCUGCGGCCCACGGACGGUAUAGCCGAGGUGCCGGAGGCAUUGGUGGCGCAGAGGAACCUGAAUAAGGCCCUUAAACAGGGCUUUGCGCUCAACACGGCUAGGCUGCGGCCCACCAGUGCCCCUGCGAUGUAUUCCCACGUGGGCAGUACCUCCAUCCCACGGGACCAGAAGCUGCAGACCUUCUUACGCACGGCGAUCACCAUGCGGCCGCCGGCCCCCGCCACCGUGGUACCCGCCUGGUGCCAUAAGGUUACGGCCGACGACAUCAUUGCGCGGAAGAAGGCCAAGGAGGCGGAGAAGAAGGCCAAGGCGAAGGCAGCGGAGAAGGCUAAGAGCGGCGGCGACAGGGCCAAGUCCAAAGUGAAGAAGCCGCCGCCCUUCGACGCCAUGACCACAUACCCGUUUGCCGCUUAUGGCCUUGCAAACAUCAAACUAGCUGCAGUGAAGAGGGGCCGGAGGAAAAAGGCGGCGGCUGCCACUUAG